CCUCCCCCUUCCCCGCGGCUGCUUCCCUCGCCAAGGCAGCGCCAGUGUCGCCUGAGCCGCGCCUUGCUUCGGACGCUCCCUCGCCUCGCUCCUUCUCCGGGUGCGGAUUUGGGAAGAGGCAUCGCCGCGGGCUGGACCAGGAUGGGCGUCCGCGUGGAGACCAUCGCCCCCGGGGACGGGAGGACCUUUCCCAAGCGAGGCCAGACCUGCGUCGUCCACUACACGGGGAUGCUAGAAGACGGGAAAAAGUUUGAUUCCUCCCGGGACAGGAACAAGCCGUUCAAGUUUGUGAUGGGCAAGCAGGAGGUCAUUCGUGGCUGGGAAGAAGGUGUUGCCCAGAUGAGCGUUGGCCAGCGAGCCAAAAUGAUAAUCUCGCCAGACUAUGCCUACGGUCUUACUGGCCACCCAGGAAUCAUCCCGCCCAACGCCACUCUAAUUUUUGAUGUGGAGCUUCUAAAAUUGGAAUGACAAGAGGCAUCUGUCCUCCCAUUUCCCUGCUCUGGGGUUUGGCACAUGGAGAAAUCCAGAAAUCUUUGCUUCAAGACGAAUGCACAUGAAUUUGUAUGGAGCUUUCCCAGCUAUCCACUACACACUUGGUGUAACCAUCCACCCUAAUUUGAAUGUUUUUUGGGUCACUUGGCUCUGCUUCUGAUUCUCUUCCCUUGUUUUUCCUCUGAUUUUUUUGACAUUUUUUAAAAAAGCUACAUGCUGUAAACAUCAGCUUUUUCAUUUUUGGUCAAGGUCUUUAAUCUUAUUUUUUUUUGGAGUAUUUUGGUGUAGAAUUGAGUUGUGUAUGAUUGAGCUUUACUAGUAAGUAUACUGAUUGGUUCACAUUAUAUAGGAAUAAUUGCUUGAAGAAGGCAAACACUCUUUUUUGGUCCUUCUGUUUUGGAAAUAUCUAUUGUAUUAAAAUCAGUUUGCUGCUGCAAAGCCAUACAAAGCAGUUUCAGGAGCCGAGGAGGGCUGAGUCAUCUGGAAGGCCACGUAGUCAUAGGAGUUGAUAUGGUCCUCUGCCUGAAAUUUGGGGCCACAAAGGACUCCCCCCCCCCCAUGCCCUCCUCACUACCAUCCUUGGGGAAUGGGCAGUUUUCACAGUGACUUAGCACUAGUCUGGUUAUUCUGGGGUCUUUUCUUGACUCCCACUCCCCAGCCAUCAACCUCUUCCCGCCCCACCCCCUCGACAAUAUUGUGGUGUAUGGCGUUUUCUACUGGAUUUUCAGGAAAUUUUUAACUUUUAGCAGUCUGAAUUCCACAAUUAGCUAAAUUCAAGAACUUUUGAAGGUGCUGUUUUACCAUGGGGGUGAAGGGAUGGAUCCACGCCACCUCCCCAGCCAUCAGUGUGGAAAUUACUAGAGUUCUUUACAGAGAUCUGAUGCUGGUCAUCGCAGCUUGCAACAGCCUCUUGUACAAUGCACCGACCCCUCCCCCCCCGCUUCUCCUGGUGUCAUGCAGACCUGCCCCCCCUUUUCCCUGCGUAGUGAGUUUUCGUAAGAGAAUUGCCGCUGCCACGCCCUCAACCACCAUCACCACGUAAACAUAGAGUUUUAUUAUUGCAAUAAAAAUGCUUUAUGCUGGCUUUUCUCAA